AUGUCUACUGAUGUAGAAUCCAGCACCAGUACCACCGCCGAUGUGGCUCCAGCCGCCAAGCCUGCGGUAAAGAAGGAAAAGAAAAAAGGUCCAGAGAAAACAGAUGAAUUCCUUUUGGCCAGAUUUAAAGGAGAUGGUGUACGUUACAAGGCGAAAUUAAUUGGAAUUGACGAUGUUCCUGAAGCGCGUGGAGAUAAAAUGAGCCAGGACUCCAUGAUGAAGCUUAAGGGAAUGGCGGCAGCAGCACGCUCUCAGGGACAGCACAAGCAAAGAAUUUGGGUCAACAUUUCCCUUUCUGGCAUAAAAAUAAUCGAUGAAAAAACUGGUGUAAUUGAGCAUGAACAUCCAGUUAAUAAGAUUUCUUUCAUUGCCCGGGAUGUGACAGACAACCGAGCAUUUGGCUACGUCUGCGGCGCUGAAGGACAACAUCAGUUUUUUGCCAUAAAAACAGCACAGCAGGCUGAACCUUUAGUCGUGGAUCUGAAGGAUCUUUUCCAGGUCAUAUAUAACGUAAAGAAAAGGGAAGAUGAAGACAAGAAGAAGAGUGAUGAAAGUGGUCAGCCAGUCGAGAACGGAAGCGAUGCUUUGCUCAGUAUUAACGAGGAUGUCGACAAAACCAAAUUAGGUGUUGACCAGAUGAAUUUAUUUGGUGAUAUGUCCACCCCACCAGACCUCAACAGUCCAUCGGAAAGUAAUGAUAUCCUUUUAGUGGAUUUAAACACUGAAAUCGACACCAAUCAGAACUGUGUUAAAGGAAAUCCUUUUUUAUCCAAUGGUAUCCAUCACACUUCUUCUAUUCCUCAUCCCAACGCACAGUCUCCUUUCUUACCUGAAAACUCAUCUUCUACCAAUCUCAGCUUCUUCCCUGCACCUAAUCCAGAUCCCUUUUGUGAUGAUCCUUUCUCCGCUCCAGAUCAGUCAACUUCUUCUUCACUUGAUUCUUCAAAACCUGUCAAUCGUAAAAUGGAAAAUGUAAAAUGCGUAACAAACGGUCCCGACAGCAAUGGCAUUCUAACGAAUGAUAUUGAGUUUGGGCAGCAGUUUGACCAAAUCGCCGGCCAGUCCGGUAAACAAGAAGUAAAGUCAGACCAGUGGCCUUUUAAAGCUAGCCAGUCAGCGCCCAUUACACGGACUCUCAAUGGUGUACUAGGACAGAAAUAUUAUGUGGGUUCACUAAGCAAACCAAAGCCAAAUCCGUUUACUGAAUGCCCAUCCAAAGGAAGGGAUGGGCAAAAUGGAGUAAGAAGGAACUCAGAGGGGAAUUCCAGUUGCAAGAGAGACAAUGCCAGCCCUCUUUCAUCCGACCCUAUAACUAUUAGCCCUCCGCCACAAAGUGCCAAGCCAGGAAGAGGAAGGAGAAGUGUAAAGCCAAGCUCUGAUGACUUGUUUGGGUCAGACCUCUUUCCAUCAAACUCUGGAACAAAUCUUGGACCAGCCUCGUCAGUAGCCGUUCCAUCCCCACCAAACUCACUACAGCCUAAUCCUCUGGAUCUUUACAAUUCUGCCAGCCUUUAUGGUGUUCCAAAUAUAAGAGGUCCUGGUCCUCUACCGCAGAAUUCAUCUCAGACUCAGCAAUGGAAUCCACAGCCUCUUCUUUUUAAUCAACCCGCAACCACACAUCCUAACCCAAUAAUGGGUGCUCAGACUACUUUCAGUCCAAAUGUUCUUUCGGCUCCACCAGCAAUGGUAUCCUGGACUCAGCCAACUACCAUUGCAGGUCUUCCACCUCUACAGAAUAUGACAUUGUGGAACAACCAGCCAGUAAGUGCCCAGCCUCAAGGAUGGCCUCAACAACCAAGUAACCCAUUCCAAAUGAACAUGUUUCCACCUAGGCCAAUGACAUUGCCUUCUGGAUUCAUUCAGUCGGGUCCAGUUUUAGCAAGCCCUCCUCAGAUACCACCUAGACCAGCCCCACUGGAGGAGUCGCCUAAGAAAGAAAGUAAUGCUUUUACUGCUCUUGAUCCACUGGGAGAGAAGGAAAGGAAGAAUGUGAAAGAUAUGUUUAAGGACUAUCAGCUUGCUAAGCCACCGGCCGUCCCUGCCAGAAGAGGAGAACAGCAGAACAACUCUAUGAGCACUUCUGGAGCUUUUACCAAUUAUUUUAACAGUAAAGUUGGAAUUCCCCAAGAAAGUGUGGACCACGAUGAUUAUGAAAUUAGUCAACUCUCUUCUAAAAUUAAUGAACCGCCAAAGCCUGCACCAAGAGCACAUUCACUGCCAGUAUCCAAACCUACGGAAGGGUUGUUUGAAAAUCCAUUUGGAUCAGACUCAUUCGGUUACAUGGGACAUUCUAAUUCCACGGCACAGCAAAUAACAUCUUCUGAUCCAUUUGGGGAUCCAUUUGGAAAUCCAUUUGCUUAGGAAUGUGUCUUUUGUUUUUGUUGUAAGUAAUCCUUCCACGUAAAAUAGCAGCAGCAUA